CAAUUUUUCAACUAUUAUUUUUUUACUGCAUCGCAAAGAAUCAAUUCGACUAGGCAAGAACGCGACACAUUGCACAUGUAUAUGCUAUAUGAUGCGCAACAGCAUGCACGCAAAUGUCAGGGACAUACGAGCAAUUAGCGCACGUAUUCGAUUUAAAAAUGCAAUACGUAACUAUCUUCAGUGACAAAAAAAACACUCGUCUUUAUUUCAAUCAGAAAUGAAAAACACGAGAAGAUGCCAUCGUAGUAUCAUCCGCAAAAUCUACUUUUCGAGUUCGAACGCACUUCUGGUUUUAUUUUCUUUUCGUUUUUUGAUGACAGUAUCGCGCUCGAUAGUUGACGCCGACGUUAUGAACAACGAUGCCAGUAUAUGCGUCCAUAGCGAUUGCGGUAGUUAUGUGCGGAGGAAUUGUCGUACGGACGUCGCGCAUUCGAAACUCGAAACUGGCCGUCUUAUUAUUGCUCUUUUCGAUCGCGCAUCUGUCGCUGUUGCGACACGCCGAUGCCAAGAUACUUCGGGGCAAAUUGGUGACACGCGAGAACUGGGCAUUUGUUGCGAGAUUUUGUUUUUUAACGGAGCGCGGUACUUUCCGGUACCACUUUCAAUUAAGCGGCGAAGAACGCGAGUUGAAUCUUCUGCUGUAUUACGAUGGACCGCAUCAAUGGCCCAGCGUUUAUCCUUCUAACAAGACGUGCAAGGAGAAAGAAAGUAUUCUCGAUAUCGAUCACGGUCAAAUAGUGCCGUUGAACACGUCGUAUCUAUCUUCGGGAUGCGUAGCAGGUGAUGACGGUACAGUGCGAUGCGACAGCCAGAGGAGAUUCAUCUCGGUGCGACCGCGAUGGUGGUUCAUAGCUUUAGCUGAUUGCUCUUCCACGAGAGGCCUAAACGUCACAUACUGGAUAUCGUUGACAAACGCGCCAUCCGGCACGUUCUGGAAGGAACACUUCUCCGCGGACGAAUUCUAUAUAUUGCCGCUACUGAUUGCGACCGCCUGUAUUUAUGUGAUCCUCGUCACGCUGAGCUUCUAUAUAGCGUUGCAAUUGCGCGCCAGAAGAUUGCUGCACAUAUCUUAUAAAAUGUUCGUCGCCUCCCUUUUAUGUCAAUUGUUAGGAGUGCUAUGUGAGAUUUACAGCUACGUCAAUGUCGGUUUAAGAGGAGCACCGGUAUCGAACGCUUAUCUGUUAGGCCAGCUUUUCGAGGCGUGCUCGGAGACUCUGUAUACUAUGCUCAUGUUGUUGCUCGCGCUCGGCUACACGGUCACCAAAAGUGUCCUUACAUCGUCGCAGGUCCGAUGGCUCGUAAUAUUUAUCAGCAUUACUGCCAUUUGUCAAAUGGCCCUGUACAUUUAUCAAUCUGAGAAAUUUGAUCCCGGACUCGUGCUAUACAUAUACGAGUCGCCACCAGGCUACGGAUUGAUAGCGCUCAAGUUGAUCGCCUGGUUCGUGUUCAUCACUCGUUGCUGCAAAACUAUCAGGAAGAUGAAUAUGAAGCUCCAUUUUUACGCUUCGUUACUCUCCUUAGGAUCAGCAUGGUUCCUCUGUCACCCGUUAACGGUGUUGACUAUCACUAUAUUCGUGGAACAAUGGGUAAGAGAGAGCGUCGCUAAAGGAAGUUCUCUUUGGAUUGUCUUCUUGGGUCACAUAACGUUUUUGUAUGUAACCCGACCAUCCGUGAACAACAAACGUUUUCCAUUUCACAUCAGGACAUGUCAAGUUGUGCCUAUAGGUGGCCACGGACAGGAUCACAGCUACGAGCCUGAUCGUCGAACUGCAGUUACGGCAUUUACUAUUACACGAACACCAACUUAUUUUAGUCCACAUAGAUAAAAUAUAAAUAAAAUAGAUAGAAGAGUAUAACUGUUGGUGGAAUGCACCCAAGUUGCUAUUAGCAGCUUAAAAAAAAACUAACUUAAUAAACUUUUAUAUAUUUUUUUACUAUAAAAAAAUGCGAUAUAUUGUAAUUCUGUAUUGGUUCUCUAGUAAAAUAGAGAAAGGAUUGAACAUCUGACUAUAUUAUUGAUAAUGAUAAUCAAUUGCUGAAUACAUAAGCAAAUAUUUAUAUGUAAUUAAAUUCGUUCAGAAUUUAUAUAUAAUCUAAAUAUAAAUUUUCUCUUAUUUUUUAUCACAAAAAACUUAU